AUGACCAACCAGCACCAGCGAAUUGAUGUCCAUCAUCACUUUGUGCCGGAAUUCUGGCGCAAAGCUAUGGAUGAGAGCGGCGGCGAUCCCUGUGGUUGGCCGACCCCAGCAUGGAGCCUGGAAACAGAUGAGAAGUCGAAUGAGAGAUUCAAAAUAACCACUACGAUCCUUUCCAUCACUGCCCCGGGAGUUUGUGUCAUUCCUGACCGCCAACAACGUGCCGAUGUGGCAAGAAAAGUGAAUGAAUACGCGGCCCAGUUGCGGGAUGCCCAGCCGAAGAAGUAUGGCUUCUUUGCCGUCUUGCCUGAUCUCUUCGACAAAGAAGAUACUAUCGAAGAAAUUCGCUAUGCUCUGGACAUGUUGAAGGCAGAUGGCGUGACUCUGUACACCCGGUACCGUACAGCCCAUCAUUAUCUCGGUCACCCACUCUUUAAGGAUAUUUGGGCCGAGCUGGACAAACGGAGUGCCGUGGUUUUCGUCCAUCCCACUCACCCGAUGUCCACAAAGCUCGUCAGUGACAUCCCUCAAUCCCUUAUGCAAUACCCGAUGGAGACCACCGUUAGCGCAUUCGACAUGAUCGUGAACAAGACGGUCCGGACAUACUCAAACUGUAAGAUCAUUCUAUCGCAUGGCGGAGGUGCUCUGCCCUACAUGAUCCAACGCCCGGCCAGUGUCUUGCCGAAAAAUGAGAAGGAGCAUGAGGAAUUCAUAGAUGAUGCGCGUAGCUUCUACUACGACGUUGCACUCUGUGGUGGAGAGGCUCCUUUGGCGGUCCUGGAGAAGUUCGCGAAACCAGGCCGUCUAUUGUUCGGAAGCGAUGUUCCUUAUGCCGGUGAUGAGAUCGUUGCAUACCACGUUGAUCGUUUCGAUGCCGUGGAAUUUAAGGAUCCGAAACUUGCCCAGCAGGUCAACUAUGAAAAUGCCUUGAAGCUGUUCCCCAGGUUAAGUGGCAAUGUUUAG